GCCAAUCAUUCUGUGAGCCCCACCUGGUAGUAGAAGUCUGAAACAUAUCGUCUCAGUUGCAGCAAGUGUGAAGAGCAGUCAUUAUGGCGUCAGAAGUGACCAAAGACGUUCAAGUCUCCGAUUUAGUCGAGCACCAGGAGAAUGGAGAACAGCAGAAUGUGAUGGACAGGGUGACGAACCUGCCUCUUGUGAGCUCAGCCUGUGAAAUGGUAUCAGCUGCCUACAACAGCACCAAGGAGAAUCACCCCUAUGUGAAGACCAUUUGUGACGUUGCUGAGCAGGGAGUGAAGACUAUCACAGCUGUGGCUGCCAGUGGGACCAAACCAAUCAUGAACAAGCUGGAACCCCAAAUUGCUGUAGCUAACGAGUAUGCCUGCAAAAGCUUGGAUAAACUGGAAGAGAAGCUUCCAAUACUUCAACAGUCUACACCCCAGGUUGUUGCUGAUGCCAAAUUGUUGGUUUCAUCCACAAUAACUGGAGCUAGAGAUGCAGUCUCCAACACUGUGACUGGAGCCAAGAAUACAGUGACUGGUGUUGUAGAUAUGGCCAAGGGAGCAGUCCACGGCAGCAUUGAGAAAACCAAGUCUGUAAUGGCUGAAGGAGUUAACGCUGCCAUGUCAUCCAAAGUAGGGCAGAUGAUGGUCACUGGUGUUGACAGUGCACUCAAUAAAUCUGAAGAGAUGGUUGAUUAUUAUCUUCCUAUGACUGAGGAGGAACUGGCUAAGCUAGCUACUUCCGUGGAGGGCUUUGAGGUGGCCCCAGCACAAAAGCAGAGUUAUGUGCGCUUGGGAUCUUUAUCUUCAAAGAUUCGGCAUAGAGCGUACCAGCACUCUGUAGCAAAGUUGCAGAAGGCAAGACAAACUAGCCAAGAUAUUAUGGCUCAACUUCACAACACCAUGGAUUUGAUUGAAUUGGCAAGGAAGGGGGCAGAUUCAGCAAAUCAGAAGCUGCAUGACAUCCAGAAGGAACUCCAUCAGACCUGGGUUGAUUGGCGGAAGAAACAGGCAGAAGACCAAGUGGAGGAGGAAGAGGCUCAGAAGCCAGAGCAGCUUGAAUCCCGAACCCUAAGCAUGACUCGUGGACUUGCCCAGCAGUUACAGACGACCUGCCUAACUUUAGUUUCAAAUGUACAUGGCCUCCCUCAACAUAUUCAGGACAAAGUGCAGCAGAUCCGCAAAACAGCAGAGACCAUCCACACGUCGUUCUCAUCUGCCAAUUCCUUCAGUGAUCUUUCGGGACAAAUCCUGGCACAAAGCAGACAGCGAAUGCUGAAGAUCCGGGAGUCCAUGGAUGGGGUGAUGGACUAUGUACUUCACAACACUCCUCUCAACUGGCUGGUGGGUCCAUUUGCUCCACAGCUGACUGAGCGGCCAGAGUCAGAGAUGAUGGAAAUGGAUAAAGAUCAAAAUUAAAUAUGACCUGCCUAGCUCUGUAUACUGUGAGCGGUUUAUGUCUUGAGACAAACUUGUAUUAGGUUUGGUGAUUGAGCAUUUGAAUUGAUCCUGCUGUUUUCACUAAAUUGUAUUUCUGUCCUAUAUGAUAAGCAAACUAACUUUUAACUGCAGAAUCCCAAACUAAAGCAAAAUGCACAAUGUCAUGUAACAUCUGGAGGGGAGAUGAUGAAAGUGUAAAGUCCAAAAGUUUGAGAUUUUCAUUCUCCACAAUAUUUGUAUCUGAAUUUUGAGAAGUUGAAAUCUUGCAAGUUUAAUUAUUUGGCCAAAUGGUCACCUGAUCACUUUCUCCAAAUGGAAUCUGACCUGUAGUGUGUUUUUUCUCGCUUCUGGUGUUAUACAAGUUCUAAUUCUGCAAAUUCAAGAUAGUCUUUUGGAAGAUGUACAAAAGUCAUCAUGUAACUUUGAUUUUAGUUUGGGCCUGCAUUGUUGCUCUUGACCUGGCACUUUUUCAAACACCUGGGUUAGUUGUGUGUGCAUGCAUACGUACACAUGCACAUGUUCUAUCCAGGUGUCAAGCCACAUGUACCCCAUAUGUUUUGGGCACAUCAGCUGCAACUUUAACCAAACUAGGGCACCAUAUGCCUGGAGAUUUUGAUCACUUGUGUAUUAGGGAUGAAAACUUAUUGCUUGCAGAAUUUAACCAUCCUGUAUUGUAGUAUUAUGUAAAAAUCUUGGUGAUUUUCAUUGACUGUUCAUCUUGUAAUCUGACUAAACUAUUAGAUUGUGAAAGGUUGCUUUGGCAGAUGCUGGUGCAGGAAGGUGGGUCAGCAGCAGUGUUUUGUUUUAAAAAUAAAGUGCACAUUUAAUUUCCAA